UCCGGGCCGCUGCGCUGUCGCCAGUGGGGUUCCCCCGUCACACACGUCACUCGGUGCGCGCCGGGGCCGCUCGCACGUGCCGCCCCGCACCGCCAUGAGCUGCCCCGUGACGUGCGCGGCCUGGGUGCGCUGCGGCGUGGCCAAGGAAACGCCGGACAAGGUGCAGCUCACCGAGGAGGAGCUGAACGGUCUCAUCGAGGAGGCCCAGGACAGGCUGGGGGAUGGUGCUGAUGGUAGCAGUGAAGACCAAACUGCACAUGACACGAAUGGAGCCGUUCCUGACAGAGCUGAGUCUUCUGAUAAAAACGGAGAGCAGUCUGAUCAUGAACUGGAUGAGUAUGAUUUGGAAAAUUACGAUGAAGAGGAACACGCAGAUUUGCAGCUUGGAGACUCUUUAGCUACUCUGGCAGUAUAUGGAAGUAAUGAGCAUGAUCCUUACAUCACUCUAAAAACCACUGAUCAAUAUGAGGAGGAAGACUUUUUGAUUAAGCCCAGUGACAAUCUUGUCCUUUGUGGCAGAGUUGAUAAAGACUACUGUAGUUUGGAGGUCCAUGUUUAUAACCAUGAAGAGAACUCAUUUUAUGUACAUCACGAUAUUAUCUUACCUGCUUACCCUCUAAGUCUGGAGUGGUUGAAUUUUGAUCCUAGUCCCGAUGCAUCACUAGGAAAUUAUGUUGCAGUGGGUAACAUGACCCCAGUUAUUGACAUUUGGGACCUCGAUAUAGUAGAAUCUUUAGAACCAGCAUUUUCUCUUGGAAGCAAGAAAGAGAAGAAGAAGAAAAAGAAAGGAAAGAAAAGUUUAUCUUCGGAUGAGACAGUGCAAGGACAUACUGAUGCUGUGCUUGAUCUUUCCUGGAAUAAACAAAGCAGGAAUGUUUUAGCAAGUGCAUCUGCUGACAAUACUGUGAUUUUGUGGGAUAUGUCUGUGGGUAAACCAGCAGCCAGCCUGACCCUACAUACAGACAAGGUUCAGACGUUGCAAUUUCAUCCCUUUGAAACUCAGACCCUUAUUUCUGGAUCAUAUGAUAAAUCAGCUGUGCUGUAUGACUGCAGAAGCCCACAAGAUAACCACAGAGUGUGGAGGUUCAGUGGUCAGGUUGAAAGAGUAACUUGGAACCAUUUUUCACCCUGUAAUUUCUUAGCAAGCACGGAGGAUGGCUUUGUGUACUGCCUGGAUGCACGUUCUCAAAAGCCGCUCUUUACUCUGAAAGCUCACGAUGGAGAGGUGUCAGGGCUACAACUAAGCAGUCAGAUCAAAGGGUGCCUUGUGACAUCAUCCGCUGACAAAUACGUGAAGAUUUGGGAUAUUCUGGGAGACAGACCAAGUUUAAUCCAUUCAAGAGAUAUGAAAAUGGGUGUUCUCUUCUGUGCAGCUUGCUGUCCUGACUUCCCCUUUGUUUUUGCUUUUGGAGGAGAGCGAGAAGGGCUGAGGGUUUGGGAUAUAAGCAAGAUUUCUGCAGUGAAUGAAGUUUUUGGAAACAGAGAGAGACUCGUUCUGACCAGUGCCAGCUCCGCGCCUUCCAGCUCCAUGGCCAGUGGCAGCAGCAAUGACAUGGAGACAGCAAUGGAAUCGUGAGGGACCAGUCAUCAGAAAAUCCAAGUAAUUGACGAGACUGUGACUAACAUGUAUCCUACAACUCCCCUUCUUUGGUGAGAGUUCAUAGAAAUUACUCCAGUCUCUUGCAACCUGCAGGCUUCUUCCUCUCAAGAAACCCGGUGAUGUGGUUGAGCUCUUAAGUUAGCAGGUCUGAUUUCCUGCCGCUAUUGAAAGAUUGUAUCACUUGCCUGUGCCUCAGAUUCUGACCCCUGAAACGGGCUACUGUGUGUAAAGUUUAUAUGUUAAAUGAAAGGGUCACUAGGAAAAGCGUUCCGCUGCCACCAAAAGUUGGCUGAGUACUGCAAAGAGGGUAAAUAAGUUCUAAGGGCUUAGGCAAAAAUACUUCAGACAACAGUUAUGUAACAAAUAAACACAAGCUGAAUGAAAUGACAAGUGUAAAUAGGUAAUUUAUCCUUAAUUGGAGGCUAGAUUUAUAUUUACAUAUAUUUCAUAUUUAUAAUACAGAUUUUGAAAGUUUUUCUAUGUAACUUUAAGUCUUAAAGUAGUUCUUAGGCAGUAAGUUGGAGUCUUGGCAGUAAGAGGAGAAUCUUGAACCAGUACCAACCAAAAAUAGCCCAGCUCUCCUUUUCCCUGGUUCCACAGCACCUGAGGCUUAUUGAUGUUAUCUGUGUAUUGGGUUUUUCAAGCUCCAAAUGUAAAGAGAAUUUGAACUGAAAUGAGGAGCUACCCCUCAGGAGGAGAGGCUGGCAGCACAGAGCAAGGGUAGGCAUCUGUCAUGAGGGAAAGCUAGCCCAUACUUACGCCUGAAACUUGAAAGCACAGAGGAGCAUGUUGAGUAUUGCCUAACCACCAACUUAAAUGCUUCAUUUAUAGCCUGAGGAACCUAAUCAAGGAAUGGGCCUCGAACAAUUUCCUCACAUUUAAAAUGAAGGCCCAAGUGCCUUACCCCAAGCCAGAAGAUCAGUGAUACUUUUGCCCUCCAGUGAAGUGCUUCCCUCUCUACACCCUGGAAGGUCCCUGCUGUUGCUGUGGCUGUGCCCUGGGUAUUAAAGCAGCUGAUCUGACUCAUUCUGGGGAAGUGCAGCAGGUACACAAAGCAGGGCUGAUGGUCAAGUGGCUGCUUCUAAAGCCAACUCAGGUGUUUCUAGUCUGGUGUUUAGCACAGCCCUGCAGGAACCAAGGCUCUUUAGGAUAUGUUGGGAUUCCUGCCUCCAUCCUUUCUCUACCAAGCAAUAGCAAACGAGGUAACAACUGAUUUUGUGAAGCUUAACAAGAUGAAAGCACCAGCCACCAUCUCUGUUCAAGUGCUCUCACUGAAAAUUUUCAAGUUUUUCAAAGCUUUCAUUUGAAAUAAAUGCUUUGUGUUAAGCUCUUUGAGGGUAGUGAUUUCUGUUCUCUCUGCCUCUGGUAUUAAUUGGCACUGUAGCUCUAGAGGCUGCUUUUUGGUUUAGGAAGAAAUUGUUAGUGUAGGCAACAUGUCUUUUCCUUGACUAAACAAAGUCCCUUGACUUGUCUUUUGGAGCUUUUUAUUCACAUACUGAUGGCAGAGGACAAGUGUUAUGCACCUUCAGGUUUCAUGAACCCAGGGAAAUCAGACAUACAGGGAGCAGGGCAGGUGAACGAGGCUGUUUAGGGCAAGAAAGAGCCUCUUUCACCAGGGAACCUACAACUGCCCUCGUCAGCCACCAGAGCUCAGCUGCCUGUUCUUAGGCAGCACAGCCCAACUCCAAGGUUUGAAGACCCUCUGCCGCUGUGCCUGGUCGUGGAGGUGCUCCUGCCCAUACCUUGUCCAAGGAAAACUCGGGAGAGGCAGAUGAAGAAAAAGUGGAGUCAUUUCUCAUAGCAUCCUUAGCAGAAAUAAGAACUUCUUGUUUCAGAAUGUGUAAGUGUGAAAAAAAAAAACCCAAAACCAACCUCCAAACAUUAGAAAAGAGCCACGACUUUAUUUUUUUCAAAAGAAAACAACCAAAUGAAAUACAUCUUCAUUCCAUAAAUAAUAUUAGCAGCAAACCCUCCCAUCAUUCCAGGUGGUAAAAGGUUUGCAGCACAAGACGCAUUAUAUACUGUAAACACUGCCUGAUCAUCUGUAAGCCUCUUCCUUACCAAGUCUUACACCAUCUUUACCUCUUCACCUGCUGCCAUAUUCUAUAGAGUGGGAACUAGUACUGACUGUUCUCCAAAAGCCAAUGUUUGAUGUUCUGUAGUGGGGUAAUUGCUUUGUCUGCAAAUGCUGAUUUCAUUGAAAGGCUGCGGGAACUGGGGCUGUGAAGGGAGAUCUUAUUAACAUUUACAAAUAUGGUGGGUGUCAGGACAUCCCUUCUUUCUAUUGUAGCUAGCAACAGGACAAGGGGUAAUGGGAUGAAGUUGGAACACAGAAAGUUCCACUUAAAUAUACAGAAAAACUAUUUCACUGUGAGGAUGAGGGAGCCCUGGCACAGGCUGCCCAGGGAGGGUAUGGAGUCUCCUUCCUUGGAGGUCUUCAAGACCCGCCAGGACAUGUUCCUAUGUGACCUGAUCUAGGUGACCCUGCUUCUGCAGGGGGGUUGGACUAGAUGAGUUCUAAAGGUCCCUUCCAACCCCUACCAUUCUGUGACUCUAUGAUUCUUUUGUUUUGUUUGGGAUUUUUUUUUGAUAGAAGGAAACCUGAGCAUUAACAAGUCUUUGCUUUGUGCCAAACCACAUCCCUUCCGUUUAAAAAGUAUUAAAAAGCAAGUACCU